ACAUUUAAUUCAAAUCGGUGCCGUACUUUAUUUCCUUUAAUAACCGGGUGUUAAAAAAAUAUUAUCAACUCUGGCUGCUCGAUGGUUUCGAGAGUUGACUAUCGGCACGAGUGCAAACUCCUUCCAAUAGCCAUUAAAGAAAAUUGUUUGAAGAAAUUUCAACGAAACUCAUCGCAGAAGAAUUAGUCUUUCUUUUCUCCUCGAUCUGUAUAUAAACGUUCAUGGAUUUUCAUCUGAAGCGACCCCUCCUACGUUUUUUGAGUUUGUUUUCAUGCAUUUGAUUCUCCUGUUCUUUUCUUUUUGAGUUGGCUUUCGCCAUCUUCAAAACCAAAGUUAACAACCCACACUCACUGUAUUAGGAAUAAAAUCUCUUAUUGAUAUUAUUAUUCUUAGUUUGUAGGUCCAUCUAUUUGUUCUCUAUUUACCUUAAAUGGUCUGAUAUAUUGCCUUGUCUGAGCACACUAUAGUUGGUAUUUACAUGUUCAUAUAUUUCAAUACAAUUCACUAUUGAAAAUCACAUCGAAAACCCACUCCACUAAUUCAAGAGCUUUGCAUUUUGGGUUGCAAUAAAUAUCACAAAAAUGAAGUUUGGGAAGGAAUUCGCUACCCAAAUGGUGCCGGAAUGGCAAGAAGCAUACAUGGAUUACAAUUUUCUGAAAACCCUUUUGAAAGAUGUUCAAAGUCUACGGCAAAGAAACCGACCAGCAACAGCGGUUCCGACCGGUUUGAAGCGAAGGCCAACGCUUUACAGAGCUUUCAGUGGUUUGGUAAAUAGACACAAUAACCACAACGCCACCAGCCCCUCAACUCCGGGUGACAUUGAGAACCAGCCUAUUCUGGUGAACUCUGUGCACAAGAAUGGAUCCGAAAGUUACGAGACGACGUUCUUCAUGAGUUCGGAGGAAGGAGGAGAGUACGAGCUUGUUUACUUUAGGAGGCUGGAUGAGGAGCUAAACAAAGUGGAGAGGUUUUACAAGUCGAAAGUCGAGGAGGUGAUGAAUGAAGCAGCUAUGUUGAAUAAGCAAAUGGAUGCCUUGAUUGCUUUUCGGAUCAAAGUUGAGAAUCCUCAAGGCUGGUUUGAUAGGCAUGUGGAGAUGACUCGUCUUGCUUCGGAUGUUGCUGCUUCCGCUGCUGCUUUGGCUGCUUCAACUCCUCGCGGAGCUAGAGCAAGCAGAAGAUUUAGCACGGCCAUGGAUGUGAUUGAAGAAGCUGAGCCAAGUAGCCAAGGGGAACAAUCAGAUGAAUCCAGUGAUGAUCAAAAGGAGAAUAAGACUGGUACAAAAACCGACAACCAAAAAGUUCAAAUUCAGAAGCCGAAGAACGUGAGGUUCACUAAACCGGCUCCACUUGAUGUACUGAACCAUGUGCAAUUCAACAACACUCUUGAGACCCCACGUUCCACCAUUAAAGGUGUCCUUAACGUCCCUAUGCAGACAGAGCUGACUUUCAGCAGGGAAAAUCUUAAUAAAGUUGAAGGACAACUUAAACGAGCUUUUGUUGAAUUUUAUCAGAAGCUUAGACUGCUAAAGAACUUUGGCUUUUUGAAUUCCUUGGCAUUUUCAAAGAUCAUGAAGAAAUAUGAUAAGAUUACCGGAAGAAAUGCAUCAAGGUCUUACAUGAAAACUGUUGAUAAUUCCCACUUCGGCAGUUCUGAUGAGGUUACAAAGCUUUUGGAUAGGGUGGAAGUUACAUUCAUCAAGCAUUUCUCAAACUCAAACCGCAGUAAAGGCAUGGCCAUUUUAAGACCAAAACAAAAGAAAGAAAGGCAUAGGAUUACAUUUUCCACUGGUUUCUUUGCUGGCUGCACAGCUGCUCUAGUAGUAGCUCUUAUUUUGAUCAUUCGUGCCCGGAAGAUCAUGGAUAAAGAAGGAAGCACCCAGUACAUGGAAAACAUGUUUCCCCUCUACAGCUUGUUUGGAUUCAUUGUCUUGCACAUGCUCAUGUAUGCGGCCAAUAUAUUUUAUUGGAGGCGAUACCGAGUCAAUUAUUCCUUCAUAUUUGGUUUCAAGCAAGGAACAGAGUUGAGUUACAGAGAAGUUCUACUAGUUGGUUUUGCUAUAGCUGCGAUGGCACUAGGCAGUGUGCUCUCCAACCUUGACAUGGAAAUGGACCCUAAAACUCAAGAUUUUAAAGCAUGGACUGAAGUUAUCCCGCUGUUCUUGCUUGUGUCUGUGAUUGUUACAUUACUAUUGCCACUCAACAUAAUAUAUCGCUCAAGCCGCUUCUUCUUUCUCACAUGUUUGUUUCACUGCAUCUGUGCGCCUUUAUACAAGGUGAUAUUCCCUGAUUUCUUCUUGGCAGACCAGUUAACUAGUCAGGUCCAAGCAAUCAGAAGUCUGGAAUUCUACAUUUGCUAUUAUGGUUGGGGAGACUACAAAAAGAGACAAAACACUUGCAAGGAUAGUGGUGUAUACAAUACUUUCUUUUUCCUCGUAGCUGUCUUACCGUACUUGUCACGUCUCCUUCAGUGCCUCCGCCGCCUGUUUGAAGAGAAGGAUCCAAUGCAAGGAUACAAUGGGCUGAAAUAUUUCUUGACAAUUGCAGCUGUUACCUUUAGGACUGCAUACAGUCUUAGCAAGCCGUCAUUUAGUUGGAAAAUUUUGGCUGCUAUUACCUCAGUCGCCGCAGCCAUAGUUGGCACAUAUUGGGACCUUGUUAUUGAUUGGGGGCUUCUGCAACGCCACUCUAAGAAUCGCUGGUUAAGAGACAAACUCCUAGUCCCUCAGAAAAGUGUAUACUUUGGAGCAAUGGUCUUGAAUAUCUUGCUGAGAUUUGCCUGGCUGCAAACUGUGCUGGACUUCGAGAUUUCUUUCUUGCAUAGACAAUCCUUGACUACUAUUGUUGCUUGCCUGGAAAUCAUUCGUCGUGGCAUCUGGAAUUUCUUCAGGUUGGAGAAUGAGCAUCUGAACAAUGUUGGCAAGUACAGGGCAUUCAAGUCAGUGCCACUACCCUUCCAUUAUGAUGAAGAUGGUGAUAAAGAUGAGUAGCUUUGCUGCGAAACCCACGCACAUAAGUGUUUCAACAAUCUUCUACAAACUCAAAUAAUGUGGAAUCGCAAUUUGUUUCCAUUUUACUUUGAAUGCUCUAUAUUCUUUCAUUUAUUUGUUUAUCUAUUUUGUUUAUUUUUGUGAGUGUAAAGUUUUGUUGUAAAUGCAAUGUUUAGCAGUCUUAGGAGUGUGACAAGUUGUAAUUAGUCCUGGACGUUUAUUUUUUGCUUGAUAAUGAUUUAUGGAUGUGACAAAGAGAGUUGUCAGCUAUCUUAUCUCAGAAUGGAUUGAGACUUUUUGGGCUUUCCACAUGAACGUACCUGACAUUUCUA